AUGGCACUUGAAGCAUCGAAUUCUCCAGCUACUACUACUCCAACUCCAGCGUUUCAGUUCGACAACGCCACCCUCCGCUAUCUCGAGCCGUGGACAAAAGGCAAGAGAUCAAAGCGUUCACGCAGCGCAGAACACCAUGAGCAGCCUACUGAAGAAGAAUACUUGGCUCUCUGCCUUAUUAUGCUUGCUCGAGGUGUCGGCGGUUCAACAUCAAAACCCGCCAACGCCAAUACUGCCGCCGUUCAGCAGCAAAAGAAAACUCGUCUUCCGCCGCCGGUGAUGAAAUCUGAUGAUUCGACAAAGUUGUUGUACAAGUGUUCAGUUUGUGACAAAGCUUUUGGAUCUUACCAAGCUUUGGGAGGGCACAAGGCCAGCCACCGGAAACUGAGUUGUCCGAGUGGAGGAGACGAAUACUCCACCACCACCACCUCCUCCGCAACCACCAUUACUGCUUCAGCCACAACGACGAGUGCAACCAACCGCAGUGGGAGGGUCCAUGAGUGCUCCAUCUGCCAUAAGUGCUUCCCCACUGGACAAGCCUUGGGGGGUCAUAAAAGGCGCCACUAUGAAGGUGGGGCACCCAUUAACAACGGAGGAUCCGGCAGUAGCAGUGCAGUGAUGUCAUCGGAAGGAGUUGGAUCCACCGUUACCCAUCACCGAGACUUCGACCUUAACAAGCCGGCUCUGCCGGAGUUCUGGCCGGGCUUUGGCUCCGGUGAAGACGAAGUCGAGAGUCCCCACCCUGCUAAACGAUCGCGGCUUUCUCUGCCGGCGAAGUUAGAAAUGUUUUGA